AGCCGGAGACACUCCCCCUGGAAACAACCGGUCCGGCAGACUCGCCUCUUUCCUUUUUUUCCUCGUCUGCUGUCAGACGCCUUCAGCCUUCACACAGAUCAGAUCAGACAUGGUUCUUCUCACGCAAAGCCGGCGGCAGCAGCGUCUAUAAGAGUCUGCAGCAGAGGAACCAGGACCAGGAGAACCAGGACCAGGAGAACCAGGACCAGGAGAUGGCUCAGAAGACGGCUCUGAUUGUUUUCGCUCACCAGAAUCCGGCUUCGUUCAAUGCGGCGGCCCGAGAUGUGGCGGUUCAGGAGUUGAAGGCUCAGGGAUACCGAGUCCUGGUGUCGGACCUGUACGCCAUGAAGUUCAGACCCGCGGCCACGAGAGACGACGUUAAAGGUGAGCUGAAGAACCCGGACCAGUUUGAGUACGGAAAUGAAACCAUGCUUGCCUUGAAGGAGAACCGUCUCAGUGACGACAUCGUAGCUGAGCACCAAAAAAUAAUUGAAGCUGAACUCAUCAUCUUCCAGUUCCCGUUGUACUGGUUCAGUGUUCCUGCCAUCCUGAAGGGUUGGUUUGAUCGAGUAAUGACUCGAUCAUUCGCUUAUUCCCUGGCGGAAAUGUACAACAACCCCCGUUUCGAGGAGAAGAAAGCGAUGUUGUCCUUCAGCACUGGAGCCUCACAGAUCAUGUUUCAGCCGGACGGCUUCCACGGAGACAUCAACGUCGUUCUGUGGCCUCUUCAGAAUGGAAUUCUGCGCUUCUGUGGAUUCCAGGUUCUGGCUCCUCAGAUCUUCUACAGUCCGGCUCACAAUCCGCCCGCCGUCAGAACCUCCAUGCUGGAGGGUUGGCGAGCUCGGCUCAAAGGGCUGAUGUUGGAGAAGCCUUUGAGCUUCCCUUCCGUCGAGCUCUUCGACCUCAACUCACAGGACGGCUUCCGUCUGAAGCCCGAAGUGAAGAAGGAACAAGAGAAGCACAAGUUCGGCAUCACGACGGGUCAUCAUCUGGGGAAACCGCUGCCGCCGGACAACCAGACCAAAGCAGGAAGCAGGAAGUAGAAACUUCUCUUCACCUCCCAUUCUUUUAUACGACGGCAUCACUUUAAUGAAGAAAUGUGUGAUUGCAGGCACUUCAUGUUCACUGAAACUGAAAUAAAACCUGAUCCAAAACAAA